UGAUUGUUUAUCACUGAUUUAUUUGUAAUUGUUGUUCAAAAUUAAGCUUAUCUGACAUUUUUUAAUGGAAACCACUAGUAAAGAGGAUGGACUCGAGGACGACGACCAGAUGUCUAGCUUUACUCUGGAGGCGGUGCAGACGCGGAUGCAGAGCCUAGAGAAGAACAACGAUGAGCUGCAGCAGCGACAGCAGGAGCAGGAGGCCGAGUUCGGUCAUAAGCGCGCUGCUUUCCGCGACAUGUUCAUGAAACAAGAAGAGGAGCUGGCGGUGUCGAGGGAUAGGACGGAGCGAAACGAGACGGAGAUGGCGGCGCUGCGGGAACAGCUACGACUCUACCAGAACACGAUCGACGACCUCAAGACUCAGGUCAGGGUCGGGGUCAAGGUGACGAUCACGGAGACCAUGACACAGGAUGAGAUUGGGGACAUGAAUCGCAAGUGUGGUGAGGAGCUAGCGACCGUGCAACAUAUCAUGCAAGAGGCGCAGCGGGAGGCGGAGGAGGCAUUGAGCGAGGAAAGGCAGCGACACCACGAGGAGUCGAGGCGUCUCGAGACGGAGGUGCACGAGCUGAGGACGCGUCUCGGACAUCCGCACGAGGGCGACGGCGUCCUGCCGACAGUGCUGAAGAACAUGAAGAAGGGAGCGUUCUUACAGAGCCCCACCCACAGCCCCGUCCUCGAGCCGGAAAACCUGGAAGACAGCAUGAGACAGAAAAAGUUAAGACCAAUGUUAAGACUAAUUUUGUUUCUGGCAACCAUCUACAAGAAAAAGUUAAGACCAACAGUCCUUGUGUUUGAAAAAGUCUGUCAGCUGCUGGAUGGAGAAAGGAAGCAACACGAGGGACUGAAGAGGACUUGGCAGGCCGCCAACGACCAGUUUCUCGCGGCUCAGCGGCUGCAAAUGGCCGACCUCCGCCGUCUGGAGAGCGUGCUCGCGCCUGAGCAGCAACGCCAGGUGGCAGAGCUUCAGAAGAGGGAUGCUGAGAGGGAGGAGGAGGAGAGGAGGCAGAGAGCCAAUCAGCUGCAGCAGGAGCAGCAAGAGCAGCAGCAGCAGCAGAUGCAUCAGAUGCAUCGCGACUCACAGACCCCUGAGCGACAGCGCAGUCCCUCGCUGGGCAUGAGACAGGCGCAGAAGCAGCUGGCAGCGCAGGGUAUGCUGACGUUCACGCACACGCCCAACCUGUCCGUCAUCUCACUCGACUCGAGCACGCGGUCGGUCGGACCUCUAACCGACCUCAUACUGGAGGGAGGCGAGGCAGACGACAGGAAAUCGAUGCAGUCGGAAGAAUUCGGAGAGUUCGUGUCGGCAGAGGGAGAAUUCCUCGUCGUGACCGCCUCCUCCCCCUCCUACGCCGCCGCUGCGAUCAAGAAGGCGUCGUCAACAUCCUGCAUUACGGACGCACUCGCAAAGAAUCGGCUCACGGACAGCGGAGUCCUUGAUUCGUCGCUAGAGACUCGAUCGCUGCAGGACGUCGACGCCAUCUUGUCCCGGUGGAGUCCGGAGAAACAAAUGAACAUGCACCAGUUGACGGCCGACCAGCACAAAGCACUCGCCGGUAAUGAAUGCUAG